AUGAAUUAGAAAUCUUAAAUUCAAUUGGAUUUUGAUUCAGAAGACACAGAAGGAUCUGAUAUCUCAUUCGAAAGUUCAUUUGAUGAGUAAUUAGAAUAGGAAUUUGAAUAAAGUAUAUUAAAAUUGAUAUUUGUAAGCUUUGCAAUAGAAAGGAAUAGUUUAAUUUAAGGAUUAAAUGGAAAGAAUGAUGUAAUUAAAUUAAGAAAUAGGAACAAUUAAAUUGGAAAAAGCAAAUUUUGAAGAUGAAGAAGAAUUGAAGAAACUAUUUCCACCAAGAUAAUAAGAAAAUUUAAUAUCUCGGAAAUCAAUAUCAAAUAUAUAAAUGUAAAUAUAAAUUAUAGAGUUAGUAUGUCUCCAAGAUAAAAGAGUUAAAGUGAAAAUAAAAAUAAUUCUUAAUGGUAUUAAGUCUCGAAAAAUAUUCUAAACAGUUCUAAAAAAGUAGCAUCUUAACCUACUUUGGAAGAAUUUCAAUAGAGAUUGAAUUUGUUUCGGAUAAAUAACACAAAGAGUGAUAUAGUAGAUUUAAUAAUAGAAGAGUAGGAUAAAUUAUUAAAAGAUAUUCAACAAUAAGAAAAAAAAAAUAAAGCUAUUGAAAAUGCAGUUCAUGAAUCUAUUGAAGCUAAAGUUAGAAAAGAAACUGGAGAUGUGGGAUAUGUUUCAUUUAGAAAAAAGAUUUAGUUUUAAUUCCGUAUAAGAAAGGCAGAGGAAUUGGCUUAGGAAAAGGUGCUUAAAUAGAAAGAGAAAAAAGAAACUGACAUGCAUAGAUCCCUUUAAAUAUUUGAUUAAUUGUUUUUGAAUAGGAAUUAUGAUGAAGAGGGAGAAGUUAAAAGUUUAGCUGCAGAAGAAUUAUAUAAGAAAGUCAAGAAGUGUUAAGAUGACAUUGAUGUUAAAAACACAAUUAUAUAAUUUAUUAUAUAACAUAGGAAAAAAUAGAUUGAUGAAUACAAAAAUAAGCCAACAAUUUUAAAACCUACUAAAUUUAUAUCAGAGGAUAGUAGAGAAUUCUCAUUACUUUAACCUAACAUGCAAUUUCGAUAGUAGAUGAUGCAAUAACAAUUAAAUAAGGAAGUACUUGAUAAAAGAGACGAUUUAGAAGGAGAAAACAUUUAUUUAUUAACCAAAAUAAAUUAAAUAUUGGAAGGAAAUCUCAUGAAAUUAUGGAAACAUAAAUUAGGAUCUAAAAUGUGA